UUGUAGUCCGAAUUUUAGUGACGUCAUGUGAAAACCAGCUAUAAAAUAAAGUCCUAAUAGACCCUUUACACGAUCCGGUCACAUGGUACGGAAUUAAUUAUGCUGGGACGCAAGUUACACAGUGGGACUUCCAAAACAAAGGAACUCUUACCAGUCCAGCCCGACGUUCCUUUGUUUUGGAAGUCCCACUGCGUAACUUGUGUCCCAACGUAAUUAAUUCCAUACCAUGUGACCGGAUCCUACAAAGGGCCUAUUCCUAAGAUCACUGAAAACGGAACGCCCAAGCAACUCUCACUAAAAAUCAGCUGCAAAAACCUUGUAUUGUAUUUCUAUCGGACCUUUGGUAUUCUCUCAAGUCACUGUUCUUAAAAUAGCGAACAGUCAGAGUCACUUCCUUUUGUUUUAUUACUUUUUUGCCAACCACGAGGUGUCCUGACUGCAAUUGUUUACAGUUGCCAUGGUUAUAACCUUUGUUCUUUUGAUUUUAUGCAAACGAGGUUCUCAAUGAACAAACACUCGUCUUCAGCAACAUGCAGUAAUGCGCGUAACGUGGAAAGUAUCUCUGGGCGAGAUUCCCCCAGAUUGUGAGUCGAUUCUGAAGUCAGGAUAACGCUUCAUCCUUCAGGGGAGACAAUGCCUGAUUCUGACAAUCCGCGCUCUUACGUUCGCCCGGUGCCUUUGCCCAUUCCUUCACAUCAAGGCUUAAAGAUCACAGCUCGAAAUGCGAAAAUGUACACUUGCGAAGUUCCGGCUCGGCGAGAAGUCGCUAGGGAAAAUUAUGAACGACGAAGACACCAGAUGAGCAAAUGUGGUUAUCGAUCGGUCAUUUACAAGCCGUAUCAACCGGUUGGGGAGGUAUACCUGGAUGAUAAGAAGCUUAUUUUGAAUGCGCUGGGACAGGAACAAACCGAACAAGAUGACCAGAUUCAAGAUGAAUCAUCAUCAUCAUCAGGAGAGUCAGAAUCUGAAGAUGAAGAAUCCCUACGACAAUCCAAGGAUCAGCAACCUGUUGUGCCACAGCCGACAAACUACAAGCCAAAAGUUAUAAAUGACAUCAAGGCACAGGUCAACAAGGGAAGGAAAAUGAUCCAUGCUGUUAGACUUGGCUUUGGAUUGUACAGGCUUGUCCAAGAGGAACAAAAUAGAAAGCAAGCUGAGGCUGAGAAGGAAAGAAAAAGGAAAGAAGAAGAUGCAAAGAAUCAGAUGAAACCUGCAUCUACAGACAGUGAAGAUUCAGAUGAUGAAUUGGACAUUGAACUUAAAAGUUAUAUGAUUCCAGUAUCUACCAGUCCAACUAGAGAGAUUGAAUCAGGUUUUGGGGAACACCUUGACCCACAACAAACUCAGCAGCGACCUGGCAGUGCACAUUCAUCAGCAAGCAGCCAACGGUGGAAACGGCUAAGUACGACUGUUAGUGCUGCAUUUCGGAACCCCCAGACCCCCCAGCCACAGGUACAAGUGUCGUCUCCAAGUCCCUCCCCGUCAACAGAGUUAGAUAUUGACAGAUCGUCCACAGCUGAACAGCCAGGAAUGGAUCACGUGAUGGCAAAUGCACCAUCUAACCCCACCCUCGCCCCCAGGCGGUACCUGCACCCACCCAAAUCAGCGGCUCACAGCACCGUCUCGAAAAGCAGCCGCAGGUCAAGAAAGCUGAAGAGUCCACGUCCAUAUUCACCCGUGUAUUCCAAUAUCAACUACAAUGACGUCGCGGACAGGAAAAAUGUAUUUCGCCAGCUAUGCGCGUUGAACUGGAUAUUAGAAGGAAUGUCUCAGGAUCAACAGCCACCGGUUAUGCCGCCAAUCACGAGCUGCUGGAAAUUAAAAGACUUAAACGAAGACCCAAGAACAAUCCGUAAAAGAGUAGAAAAGGACAGGGCUACUGAUAAAGAUUGGGUCACAUUUAAACAGAAUCCUGCACGAUUUACACAGCGCGGGACUCGAAGAGGAACAAGACGUAUUUCUAUUCACCCGAACUUCAUUCAGCGCUUUUCCACCACUGGCAGCGGUGGCCAGACCCCAACUGUAGGACCCAAUGUUCUUCGUGUUCCCUCGGAUUCUCGGCCGCGGAGUGGCACUAGUAACACUGCAGAGACUGUGGCAUCGACGAGGACAGAGAUACAAACCGAGCAUGCGCAUGCUGACCAAGUGAUUCCUCAAGAAGACAGUGUCAGCCAAACUCAAGGAAACUCUCCUCGUGAUGGGCCCACGGUAAGCUUUGUGGACCCAAAGAUAAGAGCAGUGUCAGCCCCUCCUGGACCAGUAGGUAACCAGACGGCAGUUGCAGCAGGGGCAUUACCAGUUACCAUGUCUGGCACCACGCUGAAUGGGGCCCUGCAAAAUGGAACUCCAGGAGGUGCCGAGAAAAAGACACCAUCCAAGCUUCAAAAGCAGAAAUCGUUUACGGUCACUACUGUGUAUACGCCGCCUUCAAAUCCGAGCAAAGCUAUGCAGAAAAUACGUGCCAAGACAAAAGCUGCUAACGCUUUCAAGACUUCACUGUCGCACAAGGAACUGGAAAAACUAGCGUCCAAACCCGAAGAACAACAAACGGCCAGUGAUUCACGUGUCAGGGCCUGGGUUCAAGCUACCGGCGCAGUGAAUACGAAGAGGUUUGCAGCAGCAGCCAUAGCAGCGUUUGGCGCCAUAAGCUUGGAUCAUCGCGCUGAGAAAGUUCCUGGAGAUUUGAAAACGAAGUUCAACGAAGUGGCGGACGAGAAAGCUCUUGUGUUACACGAUAACUUGGAGGUCAGAGACAGGAGUCGUCUUCAAGUGUUAGAGCGGAAACUGAUGUGCCUAGAGACGUUCAAUAACAUCUACAAAGCUCUGGAUCAGAUGAGGAGCAGCAGUGUAGUGCCUGAGACGGAAACAAACGAGGAGAUGAGACAGCGAGUCACCAAGGAGUGUAAAUGGUACAAAGACUUACUUAGCAAUCUACCACAAGAAGUGAAAGCUGAUCGAUACUGCACCAUAGUCUUAAAUAGGAUCGCUAGUUAUGGCUCGCUUGAAGGGCGAAAGAUAAGCAGUAGUCAGUUUCUUAAAGUUUUGUCGACGCUGCGUGUCUGGGAAAUCUGCGCUCCUGAUAUUAAUGCAGCUAUUGAGUUUGUGCGAGAAAAGAUCGUGGAGAUGUCUGAGUUGGAGUUCGAAGAUUGGAUGAACGCAAAGUUUCCUCAGCCACAGAGGCCUGUAUCUGCACCACCACCAAGAAGCAACGGCUUUCGAUAUUAGGAUUACGUCAUAUGUUAGAUGAAGCGGAAUCUGAUCGUGUCUUGGCGAAACAUGAUAUUACCAAAUGCUGUUAGGAAGUCUUAUUCGUUGGAAACUGUUGAACUGACGGACGAACGACCGAACGAUUGACCAACUCCGAACAAUUGACUAACUCUAAGUGACAGAAGCUGACAGAAGGACCGAGCAACUGACCGAGUAACCGUCAGUCAGACAGACAGACAAAAUGAAAGACGGACGUCAGAGGUGACAGUCAGACAUUACCGGCUCGAGCAGUCAAAGACUGACGGACCGAAUGACCGACCGGCCGACCGGCCGACCAACUAGUCAGAGAGACAGAUAGACAGACAGACGGCAGACGGACAGACAGACAGCCUAAAACAGUGAAUAUAAGUCAAAACAUACGUACGACUUCGUCUGUCUAUAAAUAACAUCAGUGUACACAUACAGGCAAUAUUAAUUUAUAAACAAGUAUUUUAUGAUAUAACGUUACGAAAACAACUGAUAAACAGCUCAUGCAUGCACAAUGAAUGACUAAACUCUAAUCGAGAAAAAGUAUAUCAUUUGAUAGUUUAUUACUCGUGUACGUGUGUUAAAUAUAGAAUACAAUCGAGCCAAAAGACUGAAAUACGCGUCGUGAGAGUGCUUGACGAAUAUUUUGAGAACAUAUUUUUCUGUAAUUUUUGAUACGUUAUGUAUAUUUUUUUUAUAAAGAGAAAAUUUGUUCAGAAAGUAAAAUUGCACAUAUUUUUUAUAAAAUCAGUAUUAUACAGUUUAGAAGUAAAUUGACUUCAGACAUCACAGAGAUAAAAACCAUUUGUUCUUCUACUUGUUGUUUUCCUGAAUAUACAGUGUUAAUGUUA